CACAGUUUGUGUUCGUGCCUCAACAACCUUAUAUUUAUUACUGUCAUGUUUUGUAGCUGUUGUUGUUUAUAAAUGGAUGAAUUAAACAGCGAUAGAGUUACAACUGCAAGGGUUAAUUAACAUUAAAUAUCACUCUAUCAACGAACUUCUUUCGUUUAUAUUUUGGCGGCUCAGAAGAAUGUGAACAUUCUGAAGUAUAAGCUGAACGUAACGCAUCUUUUUCUUCACCUCUUUGUAUUUGAAGAAGCUGCAAAAUGACUAUGAUGUGGAAAAUUCUAUUUAGCAGUAUACUACUUUUGGCAUUUUUGAAUAAGAAUGAAGUUGCUGAGGCUGACAACAUACUUCUACUGUCAUGGCCACUUUUUAGUCAUGUACAGUCUUUGGCUUCUAUGGGCAGAGAACUGAGCAAACUUUCUCAUACAAGUUACUUGCCCAUUACCGAAGACCUUGUUGAGCAUUUUAAGACAUACAAAGGAGUAAAAAUUAUGCACAUGAAAAAUGAUCCAAACCUUCUCACAUUUAUAGAAAUGGGAAUGCAGCUACUUUAUAAGAAUUCAAAUAUAACAUUUAAGCAGCUUCAAGAAACGAUGGACGCUAUUUGUGAUAACUUAUUACUUGAUGAAGACUGGUUUCAAUCACUGAAAGCUAUAAAUGCAACAAUCGCAGUGGUAGAUUAUGUGUUUAUGAGUAACUGUCUAGCUAUCAUACCAUACAGAUUAUCUAUUCCAUAUGUAUUUCAAGGACUUAAUUUUGAACAUUGUGCCAUCAGUCGAACACCCUGGCUGCCAUCAACAUUUCCUCACCAGGCACUUAUUAAUUCAGAUCAAAUGAAUUUCUAUGACAGACUUGAAAACAGUUUCGUAACGAUGUCUACGUAUUUCAAACGACUAAAUGGAGCUCCACUGAAAAGUGUUAAAACAUAUGCUCCAGAAAAGCCUGAUAUAACUUUUACGAGUUUGAUGCAACAAGCUGAUUUAUAUCUGAUUGAGACAGAUACAGUACUGGACUAUCCAUUUCCAACACUUCCUAAUGUCAUAUCCAUCGGUGGAAUAUCAACCAGACCAGCAUCUGCAUUGAAAGGGGACUUACGUAAAUUUGCCGAUGAAUCUAAUCAUGGGAUUAUUGUUGUUUCAUUUGGAAGUUUCGUGGAGGAGUUACCAAAGAAAGUCAUUGCAAAGAUGGAACUAGCAUUUCAAGAUAUAAAAUAUAGUGUCAUUUGGAAACGACCAGAUUCAAAACAGUUAGCACCGAACAUCUUUGUCACAAAAUGGUUGCCACAAAAUGAUCUUUUGGGUCAUCCAAAAACAAAACUCUUCAUUACACAUUGUGGAAACAAUGGUCAAUUUGAGGCUCUUUAUCAUGGAGUUCCAAUGUUGGGAUUCCCAGUAUUUGCCGAACAAUAUCAUAAUGGACAUCGAAUACAAAUCAAGGGAUACGGUAUAUCAAUGGAUUUGUUUAAUUACAGCAAAGACGAACUUGUAUCAAAUAUAAAUGAACUGAUUGAGAAUCCAAAAUAUAAAGCUAAAAUAAAAAUUGCAAGUGAAAUAUAUCGGUCACAACCAGAACAUCCAGCAGCUAAAGGUGCAAGGUAUAUAGACCACGUAAUAAAAUACGGCGGAGAUUAUUUAAGAUCUUCUUGUCAAACUAUGCCACUUUAUCAAUAUUUCAUGCUGGAUAUAUAUUUAGUAAUAUUUGUGAUUUUCAUUAUUUUAACAUUAAUAGUCACAGAAUAUCCAGUGAGAAAGAUGAACAUAAUGAGAACAUUCAAACUCAGCUUCUUCUAUUUAAGUCUAUUAUCAAUAAACCAACCAAGCAAAGCUGAUAAUAUACUUUUCCUUUCAAUGCCCUGGUUCAGUCAUGUUCAAAACCACUUUUAUACAGCGAUGAAAUUGAACUCAUAUGGCCACACUAGUUACUUCUCAUUGCCGCCUAAACUGAUAACUCAUUUCAAGAAUGAAAAUGGUAUUAAAUUCAUUCCUAUUAAAGAAGACCAAAAUGUAAGCAGAUUUGUUGAAAUAUCUAUGCAAUACUUUUCAAGAAAAAAAGAAGGAAGUUGGCUUCAAAUAAAACAGCUAAUACAAAAUAUGUGUGACAACUUCCUCUUAGAUAAUGAUUGGUUUCAUGCUAUAAAAGAACUGAAUGCCUCUUUGGCAAUUGUAGAUUCUGCUUUCUUCAGUCAGUGUUUAGCUAUUGUCCCAUAUAGGCUAUCAAUUCCAUUUCUAUUUCAAGGUCUGACUCUUGGACCACCUUCUUUGAGGAGAGUUCCUUGGAAUCCAGCUGUGUUUCCACUUCUCAGUUUUCCACAUUCUGAUAAAAUGACAUUUUUCCAAAAGCUUAAAAACACUAUUUCAACAUACGGCUUUUAUAUCUUUUUCCCCAUGAUUUCACCAUCAAAAAGUGUCAAGGAAUAUGCCCCAGACAAAGAUGAUAUGCCAUUUGAAAGCAUCUUGCGAAAAGCUCAGUUAUUUUUAACUGAAAGUGAUCUGUUACUGAGCUAUCCAAAACCCAGUCUACCUACUGAAGUAUUUAUUGGUGGAGUAGCAACUCAUCCUGCAUUGCCUCUACAAGGUGACAUACAUGAGUUUGUUGAAAAGUCUAAGCAAGGAGUCAUCGUAGUUAGCUUUGGAGGUUACAUAAGUGAGUUACCAAAAGAGCAUAUAGAGAAAAUGGAGAAGGCUUUUAAAGAAAUAAAGUAUGAUGUCAUUUGGAAACGACCGGAUUCAAAGCAAUUAGCAUCAAACAUCCUAAUA